AUGGAGCAGAUCUUGAAGCGCUUGGUCCAUCAGCGUAGGACAAGUCUCCACCACUCUGGCCAACCGCGGUUCCACCAGCGCAGGACAAGUCUCCACGACCCCGGCCAACCACGGUUCCACCAGCGCAGAUCGAGCCCCGAUAUUGUACCAGUUCAUAUAGGAAUCCGACGAGGCGACGUCGCAAUCAAGCCGCUGAGCUCUGGCGAAUACUUCACAUAA